AGCGUUCUCCAACAAAGUUGUAUCUAUAUAUCUUUUUGAAUAAGCUUCUGGAGUGACAUACAAUAGGUUUUCAAUAAAAAAUCUCUACCAUAUCGACCUUCAUAUUUUCCUUCUAGAAAAUCGAGCCAGCUACAAUGUCUCCUGCUACCGAAACCGCUACCCAGGGUCUUCCCCCUGUGGACCAGAUGACCAGCCGUGACUACUAUGCUGACAGUUACGCCCACUUUGGUAUCCACGAAGAGAUGCUCAAGGACUCGGUCCGAACACUCUCCUACCGUAACGCCAUUAUGCAGAACCCCCACCUCUUCAAGGACAAGGUGGUUCUUGAUGUUGGCUGCGGUACUGGCAUUCUUUCCAUGUUUGCCUCUAAGGCAGGUGCCAAGCUGGUUAUCGGCAUUGACAUGUCCAAUAUUUUGGAUCAGGCUGAAAAGAUUGUCAGGGCUAAUGGCUUUUCCGAGGACCAGAUCGUCCUCUUAAAGGGCAAGCUCGAAGAUGUGGAACUCCCUGUCAAGCAAGUCGACAUUAUCAUUUCCGAGUGGAUGGGUUACUUCUUGCUCUACGAGUCCAUGCUCGACACUGUCUUGCUUGCCCGUGACAAGUACCUCGCUCCUAAUGGUCUGUUGUUCCCCGACAAAGCUACCAUUUUCCUUGCAGCCAUUGAAGACCAAGAUUACAAAGAGGAAAAGAUUGAUUUCUGGAACGACGUCUACGGUUUUGAUUACUCUUGUAUCAAGGAAAUCGCUCUUCGUGAACCUCUUGUUGACUGUGUUGAGCUCCGAGCCGUUGCCACCAACCCUUGCGCUAUCAGGCAUAUCGACAUCCGAACAGUGAAGAAGGAAGAUCUUGCUUUCGAUGUGCCUUUCAAGCUCAAGGCUACCCGCAAUGACUACAUCCAUGCUUUCCUUGGCUGGUUCGACAUCUCCUUCUCAUGCUGCCACAAACCCAUUAACUUCAGCACCGGUCCUCAGGCCAAGUACACUCACUGGAAACAAACCGUCUUCUACACCUCUGAGACCCUCACUGUUUCCGAAGGAGAUGUCAUUCAAGGCACCCUUCACUGUGCUCCCAACUCCCGAAAUAAUCGUGACCUUGAUAUUAUCAUCGACUACGAAGUCGCCGGUAGCAACCCUGAGAAGGGUAAGAUGGAAUACAAGAUGUCAUAAUUGUUGUCUUCAUUUUUCCCGAUUGGCGUGUAAAGGUACUAGAUACAGUUUUAAGGAUCUUAUUGGGGAUCGCCCUCGCAUAAUAUACCCAUGCAAAUUGUUUAGAGCUUCUAUAUGCAUGAUUGAGC